AUGCAGGCCACCACCGUCCUCCGCCAAGCUGCUGCAGCUCGCCAGCCUCUGAUCAAGUUCAUGGGCAAGCGCUCCAUCCCAGCCUCCAUUGACCACUCUCCCCAACCCCAUCCCGCCUCGCCAACUCACCAGCUGCCGGACUCCUUCGUCACCUACCGUGCCAAAGCCCAGCAGCACGGUCCUCUCAACACCACAUACCGCCCCUUCUCCAGCAUCGGAGCCUCCUCGGGCGCUGCCUUGGGCCCUGUCACCCCCAAGAAGGGCGAGUACUUCGACCGCAACGACCUCCCCGCCAGAUUCAGACGUGCUCCCUGGUCUCAGGCUGAGAUCGACGCCAUCGAGACCGGCGGGGCAAGCAUGUUCGCUUGA